CUAGAUUCUGAUUCUGAUUCUGAUAUAUAUAAAUUAGAAAAGACGAUCAAAAAAACCCCUUCUAGUAUGGCUCUAAUUCCUGAAGCAAAUGAGCUCCCCUUCUUAGUUUCUCUCUAGGUUCUCUUUGCCACUCUCGCCUUCUGCUUCCUCGUGUGAAGGGAUAAACUGCAGUCAGAAGUAAUUUCUAACUGGACCUGACCUGAAAAUGGAGAAAUCGCACUGUCUUCUAUUGCUUGUUCUUUCCUUUGGAUUGCCUUUGUUUCACCUGGCAAAUGCUGUAUUUAUGGAGAAACUGGCUGACCGAAAAAUAUGUGCAGACAAGUACUGCUCAUAUGUAAUCUCAGCAGCUCAAGCUCUUGAGGACUUCAUUGCUCCUGACUGUAGAUUCAUCAACCUGAAGAAAGGCCAGAUUAUAUAUGUGUAUUCUAAACUAAAGCCAGUAGAUGGUGCUGGAGUCUUCUGGUCUGGAAGUGUUUAUGGUAAGCGCUAUGUGGACCAGAUGGGUAUCAUUGGCUAUUUCCCUAGUAACCAUGUUAACGAGACUCAGAUUUUCAUGACGAAAACCAUUGAAAUAGCCACAACAAAGAUGGACUUCUUCUGCGUUUGAAAAGGAGACUACGUUUGAUGAAAUCCUGGAUCCUGUUUUUUUCUUCUUCUAUGUAUUUUUCUAGCAUGUGUCAUUUAAAAUGUUAUCAGCUGAUUAAACUACACGAUGGGGAGCAUUACCUGAAAUAUUAUACAAUAAAAAGCACUAUAAAAAAUGAGAAA